AUGCACCAAGUCGACCACAUACCGCUAUGGAGUGACCACAGGACAGUGAGCGCCCAAAUGCUGAUCACCCUCACUGUGACAGCUCUGCCCGUAGAUCUUGUUCCGUCACGGAAGUCCUUCUCGGCACUGUACAUUACGUUAUACGGAGGAGAGCGGAGGUGGCUGGAAUCAGGGUUCACAGUGGGCGAUCUGGGUGAAUGA